GCUCGCACGAGGAAAAUCUAGAGGCAUGGGGCGAAGGCGCUGCAGCGUCUCUAGGAAUCUCUCGAAUUUUACGCAUGUUGCUGCUUCUUCCCCGCACCCGCUUGUUUGAUCCUGUGCUGCAGAAAUAAUUGCCGCCGUGCCUAGGACUGUCGCGCUCGCGGACACCGUCACACCUUCUACGUAAGCGGGCCGCCGGCGCCGCUAUGAAAAAUAAGAACGCCAGGCCGCAAAAUCGGCCGGGGGGGCGCAUACUUUUCGCGCACCCACUUGGGCCGAGGGCUGCGGACAUAGCGAACAGAGGGGGCGCGAUGGUGCGGCCGAGCGAUGGACCAGGUUACCCCGGAGCCGUCCGAGCACAGCGGCGCGCAUAUGCGGGCGGCUGCGGGUGGGCCGCACCCGGCCGCCGGGGCGGGGGGGCCUGCGGCAAGGUGUUCGCGCUUCGCUAAGUCCUCGCGGGCUUCCUUGGUUCACGCCGGGGGCGCGCGGCAUCUUGGAGGGGCCCCGCCCGCAAUGCCUACGCAAGAAACGCCAGCAGCCCGGCCACUUGCCCACCGGUCGGGGGCCCGAAAGGGGCGGGGCAUUUGGGCAGCCUUCCCCGCCUUCCGGGGCCGAGAGCGGCCUCAAAUAAGAUGAAGGGCUGGCAGGCCUGACGCCCUGCGCAGCGAGCCUGGUGGCUGUUGGUUUCACAUACCUCGCGGCGCCUGGCCGCCGUCCGGGCGGUGCCAGCCUGGGUUCGUCUAUCGUGUGGGCGGCAGCACCCAAGUCGCCGGGCCUUCAGAGCUGAAGGCCCCGCCCGCCCGCCGUGAUGUUGAUUCAAGUCCUGUCGUCCGAGGUGCUGCAACAAGUCUGGCGGCGCGGGCGUAGCCUCCCAAGCGAGUGCGUCCGUGCGCCCUUGUAGCCGCGGUGGGGUCGUGCGGGCGUGCUUGCUUUCGAAUUUGCCUAAGUAUUGCCCCUGGUCUGUUGGAAUGCGCGCGCGUCAAGUUCAAGCGCGCGGCCUCUGUUUCUUUGGGCGGCGCCUAUGAACCCACACAGCGUUGCCUGCGACCUCGGCCCGGGACGGUGGUUUCUCCGAUGGCGAUCGCGGCCCCCUUUGCUUGUAUCCUGUCGCGCCCCCGCCCUUGACCGUCAGGCAUCGGCGGGACAUAUUGAGUGGCUCACACGCUGGAGGAGGUGAGCCGGUGGAGACACUGAGACAGACGCGGCUGCAGAUUCCCAGGGAUGGCGUGGCAGUCGUCUCGACAGGGGAAGAUGCCUCUAGGCCAUUUCUUUGCUUUCUAUUCUCUUGGUUCUUUUUUCUGCCCCGGGCCUGCUCUUGGUUCCUGCGCCUGCGCCUCUCGUGAGGCAGGCGCCCUGGCUUUCGUUGGGCUGCCAGGUUUGAGCACGGUUUUGCUUAGUUUUGCCGCGGCGCGCGUGCAUGUGCUCUGGCGGCUACGUGCCGCCGCCCUUCCAGGGGUAUAGGGUAGCGCAUACCCCCAGAGCCAAAGGCUUUGCGGCCCAACCCCCGCCGCCCUUCCAGGGGUGAGGCUUGCUGGCCCAAUCCCCGCCCCGCCACUUCUGAAAGGCGUGCGCGGUGAUGUGCAUCAGCGUGGGGGCGUGUGCUCGCUCACGCCCAAAGCAGCCCGCGCAGCCCUCCUAGGGGAUGAGUUGGUUGGCGGCAUCCACUGGCCCGCGAAAGGACGAAGGCAAUACAAUAUUGGCGCUUGCACCUGCCUAAUCGCUACAAUUUAACAGCAACUCGCGUGGGCAUGUGAUAGGUUUUUGUAUUUUCAAUCUGCGAGAGGGAGAGCAUUUGGAGCGAAGCUCCAAGAGCAAGCACAAAAAGGGCCCAUCGCAACAAGAUAUUUGGGCAGGUGAGAAGUGAUUGCUUCUGCGAUCAUUUUGAUUUUUGAUAAAUAGUAUGGUAGACAGUCACUCGCUCGCCUGAAGAAGCGAGCACACAAUUGAUUUUUGUAGACGUCUAACUCCAAGUCCAAGCAAUGCCAAUGAAGUGCACACGUAAACCUACUCGCAAAAAGACUAGCCACGUAUGAUGCGCCUUUGGAAGUGUGAAACAAAAUUCAAUUACUCCGCUAGAUCGGAAAACAAAAAAAAAAGCCAGAACAGGAGUUCAAAAAUAAAAAACGAAAAGCCAGGGCCAGAAGCAGC